AACAUCUGUUACAUCACCUUAGCCGCGCACAAGACACAUGUGAGGAGAAAAAGAAGGAGUUAGAGGACAUGCAGACACAAAUCUUAAAACUACAACUGGCAGAGGCCCGACAAGCUAAUACAAAAAAUAAAAAAGAAAUAAAGGAAGCAGCUAAAGUAAUGAUGACAGCAGAACAGACAGGAAACACUGAUCUUUAUCCAUCCCCGCCCUGGGUGCCACAGCAACAGAGGCAAGGAGGAUAUGGGGGCGGACCUACGAGGGGCAGGAUGGGGUGGAGAGGUAGAGGCGGAAGAGGAGGACCGCAAAGGGGACAGCAGGGAGGGGGCCGGUGCUUUGCCUGCAACGAAACCGGUCACUGGGCUCGAGACUGCCCCCUAGUGGGGAGGGGUGGAACUGAGGGUAGAGGACGAGGACGUCCUACACCGCCCUCUGGUGGAUACAAUCAGGGGCAACAUCAUGUGCCCCCAGUACCACAUCAGAUGUCACAAUGGGACAGUGGAGAAGAAUGGGGCACGUACCAACAACAAUGACACGCCCCACAGAGAGACUCAGACAGCAUCAGAACGGCAGAACCGAUGCUGUCGGUACGAGUUGAUACACAAACUCUGCCUUUUCUGGUGGACACUGGAGCAACUUGCUCCACAAUAAAGUCUGUCUCAACAGACGACUUAUCCACCAACUCCAUCACAUUAAUGGGAUUCUCUGGGGAGAAACAGACUCUGCAGAUAACAAAACCACUGAUGACCCAACUAGGCAGUCAAACUAUGAGGCAUUCUUUUGUACAUUCACCCACAGUUCCCCUCAACCUAUUAGGGAGGGACCUCCUGAUAAAAUUAGGGGCGUCCAUACUAUGCAGUGCAGACGGGUUGAUAGUGACUUUGCCAGACGGAACACGAUUGCCAUGCUCCGGACAAAACACAUAUGGACAGUAUCUGCUACAACCAAUACAUGAGCAAUACGCGGACAUAUACUGGGGCCUAUUACAACCUGAACAAACCGAGCACCGUGGCAUCCUCUCAGCUUACCUGGAGUGGAAACCGUGGAUAGCCCUCCUCGAACCCUACAUCUCCCCUCCAGAUCCUCCCCAUAUUACCCUCUUUUAUGACAGAAUGCAAACUGAUUGGUAUCAAGAACAGUUUCAGGACCAAAUUGAAGGUCGUGAGUGGACAAUUGACUCUCAAAACAUUUAUGUCGCCCCAGAAGGGGUGGCAGCUGCUGUCAAAUUAAACACUGAUCAAAGCCCAUGGUACAUGAUGUCAGAGGAGGCUGAGCCACAUGUUUCACUGGCUCUGCAUCCUCUACAUCAAGCCAAAGAAUUAGGAGGGAUUGUUAAGAAAGCACUAAUGCAAACUGAUUGGGUGCAAACAAAUCUCACUCAAGUUCAGUACUCACCAGCUGCUAAAACAUAUCGCAUUAAUGUUACAGGCACUGACACAGCAAUAUUGGAACACCAUCAGAUUACUCGCCAACAUGGCCGAGAACAAACAGAUCAUCAUUUAGCUGCCGACAUGAUAGAGACUCUACCAGACCACCUGUGGGCCCAAGGCCCUACGGAUGUGGGGUUGGUAAACUGCACACCCAUAACCUUUAAAACACAGUCAGGACUACCACUAUGGAUUAGGCAGUACCCUCACAAAGCACAGGCUGAAGCAGGUAUUAAAGACACCAUCGAGGGUUUACUGCAACAAGGGGUAUUGGAGGAAUCACACUCCCGUUGGAACACCCCUAUCUUGCCAGUUGAAAAGAAAGGGACAGGUAAAUACCGCAUGGCACAUGAUCUAAGGGCUAUUAACAGUAUUUUAACCACUCCCACGGUCCCCGUCCCAAACCCAUAUGUAGCAUUAGCUAAUUUGGAUCCCACACAUAGCUGGUUCACGUGUAUUGAUCUGGCCAACGCAUUCUUCUGCCUACCAUUAGCCAUGGAAUGCAGAGAUAUUUUUUCAUUUACUUAUCAGAAUCACCAACUCCGCUAUACCAGGUUACCUCAGGGCUUCGCCCUAUCUCCUGGUAUUUUCAACCAAACCCUUAAGACACUCCUCAUCACUUGCCCUCUGCCAGCAGACGUUACCCUAGUACAAUAUGUAGACGAUCUGUUGUUAGCAGCUCCCACCGCCACCUCAUGUUUGGAAGCAACACGCUCAGUCCUACAACACUUAGCAGACACAGGAUUUAAAGUCAGCAAAGCGAAAUUACAGGUGGUGCGAAAACAGGUCUCAUUCCUAGGACGCAUGAUAUCGCAAAAGGGGGCAAGCAUGUCACCCCAACACAAAUCCGCCAUACUGCACCAUGACAAGCCAAUUAAAGUUAAAGAUAUGCUUUCUUUUCUCGGUUUGACAGGAUACAGUAGGAAUUACAUUGCCAAUUAUACUGGUCUGACCACUCCAUUGCGCGCACUUGUUAAAGAGAAAGGCAUGCGUAACUUAGGUGCCACCCUGGAGUGGACUCAGGCAGCAGAAGAAGCCUUUAUUGCUAUUAAACAAGCUCUUGCAACAGCAGCCGAACUAGCAAUCCCUGACUACAACUCACCCUUUUAUUUAGAUGUCUCUGGAACAGAACACAGCGCUAAUGGCAUUCUGUUCCAGAGAAAAGGGGGAGUAAGGACAGUACUGAUGUACAUCAGCGUAAUGCUAGAUAAUUUGGAAAAAAGACACCCACAAUGCACUCAACAUGCAGCAGGAGUGGCUAAGAUAGUACAAAAAACUGCGCACAUCGUCAUGGGACAUCAGCUACAAAUACUAACAACUCACAGUGUAGUAGCAUACGUCAACUCACAAACAUUUACUCUCACACCACUGAGACAAAGACGACUGAGCAAGAUACUGGAAGCCCCAAAUAUUUCAUUCACACAUGAAGGAAUAAAUAUGGCAGACCAGAUAAGCACAGGAGAACCACAUAAAUGCACAGAUAGAAUCUACAAAGAGGAGAAAGUGAGACCAGAUCUACAAGCAGAACCUAUACCAGGAGCAAGAAACCUGUACACAGAUGGUUGUUGUUUUAGACACGACCAAGAAGGACUCAAGGCAGCAUAUGCAGUAGUAGAAGAGGUACAGGGAGAUAUGAUCACCAGAAGAGCAGAGAAGCUAGAGGGACAGCAGUCAGCACAGAGAGUAGAAGUAGUAGCUGUAAUUGAAGCCCUCAAACUAGGACAAGGACAAAAUAUCAACAUUUUUACAGACUCCGCCUACGCAGCAGGAGCAGUUCAUGUGGAACUAGGACAGUGGAUGAGAAUAGGAUUUCUGACAGCCACUAACAAACCUAUUAAGCAUGAAGUAGAAAUGAAAGAAUUAGCUGACGCACUCUUACUCCCAACAAAGGUAGCAGUAAUCAAGUGUAAAGGACAUGACAACACCAAUACUCCAGUAGCAAAGGGAAACGACGCAGCGGACAAAGCAGCCAAACAGGCAGCGGGCUAUGAGGUAAAAACGGUAAUGAUGUGUUCAGACCCAGACAUAGAGAAAGACUUGACAUCUGACUUGACAAAGUUAAAAGAAUUGCAGGCACAGGCCUCACCACAGGAAAAGACAGUGUGGAAGGCCAGAGGAGCCACAGAGGUAGAAAGGUUAUGGAGGGGUCCGGAUGGACGCCCCAUCCUACCCCCAGGCUUAAGACCGAACACAUUUUUGGAGGCGCAAGGAGUGGGACAUGUGGGGGUGGCUCAAAUGAUGAGGAAUUUGGAGAAUUGGUGGCAUCCAUACCUCAAAGACAUGGUACAAAGUUUUGUGAAAACAUGCAUAAUAUGUACAAAACACAACUCCAGACCGACCAUUAAGCCAUCACCGGGCAGAUUCCCCUUAGAGGUAAAAGUGGGAAAAGAGAUCAUUAUCGAUUAUACAGAUAUGAUAACUUGUGUAAGAGGGUAUCGAUAUGUAUUGAUGUGUGUAGACGCCUACACAGGAUGGCCAGAAGCCUGGCCCACCAAACGAGAACAUAGUAAGUCGGUGAUCAAGUUUUUGAUCAAUCAAUACAUUCCGAGACACGGAUUUCCAGAAAGAAUCCGGUCAGAUAAUGGUUCCCAUUUUAAGAAUCAAGACCUACAAAGUGUGGAGACGAUGCUGGGACUGACACAUAAGUUUGGCACUGUGUAUCACCCCCAGUCACAGGGUAAAGUGGAAAGAAUGAAUCAGACAGUUAAAAACAAAUUGGCAAAAAUCUGUGCACAGACCAAAAUGAAUUGGCUAGACGCAUUACCACUAGCUCUGAUGUCCAUAAGGGGUGCAAUCAAUCAAAGCACAGGAUUCACUCCCCAUGAACUCCAAACAGGGAGGGCGUUUCCAGGUCCACAGUCCAAACUGCCUGGGACAAAAGAUGAUGACCAACAACUAACCCAUAAAGCUUAUUUCCACGAAUUACAGGGUCUCGUUUCAGCAUUCUCAAAACAGGUGGCAGAAAGGAGAAAAGGAGAAACUGAUCCACCAACACCAGAAACGGGGUGGAUCCUUCUGAGAGUUAUCAAAAGAAAGUGGUCUGAACCAAGGUGGACAGGACCAUUCCAGGUGGUCGAGAGAACGACCCACGCAGUAAGGUUAAAGGGUAAAGGAGACACCUGGUUUCACUGGAGCCAGUGCGCUGCCACGGAUGAACCACAACACUCCUUAACAGAAAUACAUGACUCCCUGAGGGAAAACUCGGAGCUGGAUAGCUAG